AUGUCGACCGUCGCCAUGGCCGAUCACGACCACGAUCCCCAUCCUCAUCCUCAUCCUCACACCGCGCACGACGCGCAACACGAGCCUCCCCACGACCUUCAUCCAUCCGACCCUGACGCCAGCGGUCUCGGCCCGCCUCCCCCAGAUGGCGUCGAAUCCCCCGUCUCAACUCCUAAGGAGCGUCAUUCCCUUACCCUCGACCAGCGUCGCGCUCUGCGCCGCUGGGCCAACGCGCAAACCAUUCGCCCGAGCCACAAGGCCUGCAUAGACUGGUUCUACAACCAAUAUGGCCAACACAUUUCCCAGUCUACCGUUUCCCAUUCUUUAAGCCCCAAAUACUCCCGACUUGAUGGCGACAACCCACAAUUAAGCGGCUCGCGCCUGCGCUUCGGCAAUUGGCCAGACGUCGAGAAGCUUGUGCUACGAUGGUACCAACAAGUUCAGGCCACUGGCCGUCACCCGACGAACGAAGAGCUUGGCGAAAAAGCCAAGGCCAUCUUCACCGCCCUUCCGCGUUACAAAGACGAGACACCGCCCGAGUUUUCUCCUGGCUGGAUUCACCGAUUUAAGAAGCGAUAUGGCCUGCUUAUUAGACGCCAGCGCCGACACGGCGACGGAGGUAUCAACCCGGCUGACGACAUUGCAUAUCUUUCCGACUGCGUACCGCGUCUUAUGGCGUUAUCCGCCGAAACCAGUCCCGCCGCGAUUCGUGAGGCCGUUCUGCGCGCUAUAGGCGUGGAGGCGAGUUUACAGACCUGCGCCCUUGUGCGCGAUGAGGUACUGCGCCGGCUGAGUGCCGGUCCAGGUUCCACGGGCGCCAUUUCUCCUUCGGCGGCAGCUGCGUCGGUACCGCCUCCCGAUCCCCACAGCGCCGAUGCCAGCAUGGUCGCACCCCCAGGUAGCGACACCCCCAUGUACGGCGAAGAAGACCCGGAUAUUGUCUUGCAGAAUGCGCUGCGGCAACUGCAGCAGGAAGAGGCAGAGGCCGAGGCCACUGCCGCUGCAGCAAGGGAGGAACGUGAGCAGCGCGAGCAGCGCGAACGCGCCCAGGGAACCGCUGCCGCUGCACUUGCGACACCAGCCAUUCAACGAGCUACUUCGACUGCGUCGAGGUUCGUUCCGUCAACACCCGAGCUCAACCUGACGCCGAUUAAGAACGACGAUCCGGUCUCGGCAAACGAACGACCUCUGCGAUGUCCGUUCUGCGUGAACCAGAGAAUGCUACGAACUAUUAAGGAGGCUGUCGAGCACAUGUCCACGCAUGUAGUUGUCUGA